AUGAGCCUUAGCUUCUUCGGUCACAUUAUGCGUUCGUCGCGACGUGAUCUGGAGAGGCUCAUUAUAUUGGGCCAAAUAGAUAGCAAACGUGCUCAGGGCAGGGCGGCCUGCAAGAUGUGCAGAUAUUGUGACGUGGUGCGAUUCAAAAUGAGACGUAUUCUCAUUGCGGCCGCACUCUCGGCUUUGGUCUUAGCCAAGCCGGAACUGUACAAAGAAAAAGAAGACUUCCAAUACUCCAGAAGUUCAUCCGAUGAAGGCAGCAAAUCCGGUUUCUAUGGCGCGCAACGGGGAAAUAUGGGGGGGAAUUAUGAGAAAGCUCACAACAUGGACGGAUUGGCACAACACCAAAUGAGUGGACUAGUGCGUCAGAUCGACGGCGAACUGGGGGAUGGAUAUAAAACUAGAACUGGAAGCGUGUACACCGCGGCCAAUUCAAGAGGUAUCUAUGGCUCUGGUAACUAUGAUUUGAGCAAUCUACAAGGUCGAAACUUCGAAGAAACAGAAGCGUUCGGCGACGAGUUGUCACAUUCCUCCAGUCUGUCGCAUAGUGCUGGGUACCGAAGCCAGUCGUUAGCAAACAGUGCCGCAUACAGUAAUAGCCGAGCCCAUACUGCCGGUUACAGAAGAUACCAAGCUGGAGGGCAUUCUCAGCAAUUCAUGCAGGCCGACAAUUUGCAAUCCGUGGAUCAAUUACAAUCGGCCGAUAAUUUGCAGUCAUCGGACAGUUUGCAGUCUGCGGACAAUUUGCAGUCUGCAGACAGUUUGCAUAGUGCCCACGAGUACGAUUACGGAAACCAGGCAGCUCAUUAUUCGAAUGUAGGCUUUAAAAGUCACCAUGCUUACGACCAAAACGCGAACUCAAGAUACUCCGGUUUGUAUGGACUGAAUACUCGUAGCCAAAUCUCAAGCGCUACACCCGUAAGGGUAGUUGUAAGACCCGGCACAAGAGUAACGGUCCCACUUACAGCGCAGACUUACGACGCGAGGCACGCCACUUCGACCUUAGAUCGCGGAGCCAACACAGACGCAGAAUUACUAAGCACCAGUGAACAGCAAUUGAACAACGGAGCUGUGAACGCCCCAAAGCAUUAUGAAUCUUCUUAUAGCUAUCGCAAGGAAUGGGAGAAACAUAAUACACAGCCUAUAUCGGUCGACGCAAUACCAACAGUAAAUCCCUUUCCCGCUCAAAGCGAGAUAUUAGGCGAAAGCCAAGCAUCACAAUUAGAAAAUAGCCAACAAAAGAGCGUAAAUUCUUACAACUCCCGAGCAAGUAACACUGCGUUUGCUGCUAAUACUAAAUCAGCUGCAUCAAGUCACUCGAGGUACCAAGCGGGUUUCAAUGCUCAGCAAAGCAGUGGUUCUGCAUUAUCUUCAAGUGGAUAUAACAGUGGCUCGCACGCAUCAAAUGCUAAUGGCGCUGCAGUUGGGGCUGAUUCCGCCAAUCUGGUCGCACUGUUGAAUACGAAACCGAAAAGUUAUCAUUCUUCCUAUGCAUACCACAAAUCAUGGGAAAGACAAGGUGAUCCAUACGUAAUACAACUAGUAGGCGGAGCUCUGGAUGGUCAAACAUCUCAAAAGUUAACCGCAGCAUCAUUGAACCAUGGUGCAUAUGCAUCACAUCAGUAUGGAUCCCAAUAUAAACAAGCCCACCAGAGUUAUUUGCAAAACGGAGUUGAUUGUGAUUGUGAUGAAGAUGGGCACGUUCGAGUUGCCCGUUCGUACGAUCCGAUUCAAGAACAACAGUUUGAAGCGUAUCAAAAUUUUAACCAGGAUCAAGAGGAACUUGGACAGCAAACCCAGGCCCAAUGGGACAAUUUACAAGAUUUAGGACAACAGAAUCAGGAAAAGUUCAACAAAAUAGAAGAUUUUGGCCAACAAAGCCAAAGCCAGUGGAAUAACAUACAAGAAUUAGGUCAACAGGAACAGGAAAAAUUCGAUAACCUGAAAGACUUGGGGCAAGAACAACAAAGCCAAUGGAAUAACAUGCAAGACUUAGGACAACAAACACAGGAUCAGUUUGACAAGUUGGAAGAUUUAGGACAACAAGCUCAAAGUAAAUGGGAGAACUUAGAUGACCUAAGAAAGCAAGCACAACCCGAGUACACACAACAACAAAGUCAGAAUACUUGGGACCAAAUAGCUGAUCUCAACCAAAAUACACAAAGCAAUCUGGAUCAGCAAACACAGGCCCAUGGAUUUGAAAAACCUAAAGUCGAGACCUUUCAUAACUAUUAUCCACAAUCGCAAGAUUUUUGGAAUAGGGAAAACAAGCAGAAAGAAUUAACUCCCAGUUUUUGGGCUAAUUUUCCACAAAAUAACGAUGAAAGCUAUCAAAGUCAAAACACAGAUAUAUUGAGACUUCCCCAGAAGAAAAAAAUAUGGAUCACCAAUUUGACGGUUUUGGCCAAC